CAACACACAAAUUUUCAAAAAUGGCAACUUGCUAUCUAAAAAGUCUUGAAAGGUGUUGACAUAUAUUUACACACACCACAAACACACACAUGCGUAUGUAGAUGUAGAAGAACUAGCAGCUAAUUAUACACGAUUAACUAUACCAUCUGAUGGGAAGCAAAGAAGUGAAGCUUUUGGGACUAUGGGUUAGCCCAUCUGUCCGGAGGGUUGAGUGGGCUCUGAAACUGAAGGGUGUUGAGUAUGAAUACAUUGAAGAAGAUAUCUACAACAAGAGUCCUCUGCUUCUUGAAUUGAACCCAGUCCAUAACAAAGUGCCUGUGCUCGUUCAUGACGGAAAGGUGAUCCUCGAUUCCCUUGUAAUUCUCGAGUACAUCGACGAGACAUGGAAAGACUAUCCAUUGUUGCCUCAAGAUCCGUUAGAAAAGGCCAUGGCACGUUUUUGGGCCAAGUUUGGUGAAGAGAAGCUUAUUGUCGCUGCAUGGAUUGCUCUGUGCUCCCAUGGAGAGGAGAAAGAAAAGUUUGUGAAAUUAUCCAUAGAGGCCUUAGAAAAGAUAGAAGGUGAGCUCAAACUCAAAGAGAACAAGUUCUUUGGAGGAGAAAACAUUGGGUAUUUGGACCUUGCAAUGGGAAGGAUCCCUCACUGGUUGCCUGUCUGGGAGGAAGUUGGGGCCAUGAAGAUUGUGGACCCACUCAAAUUCCCAGCCACCAUUUCAUGGAUUAACAAUUUUCUCAAUCACCCAGUAAUCAAAGACUGCUUACCACCUAGAGAUAAAAUGGUUGUUUAUUUUCAAAAGCGUAGCAAGGAAAGUGAAAUUAUGGCUCGCGUCGCCGCUCAUAUCACGGCUUUUAGGAAAGGUUGAUUCUAAAGAACUUAACAAGUCUGUACAUGAAAUUCACUGAUUGCAUGUAUAUAUUUCCCUACUGAUUAAAUAAAUCAAUCUUAUGUGGCGUUGAUAUGUACUAAAAUUUGUGUAAUUUUCCCUAUGAUGUAUAUAUGUAUAUCAAUGGUAAGCAUAUGAUCUAUAAUUACCAGAUGGCUCACAUACAUUUU